AUGCAACAGAGGAGAGGCGGACAUCCACCAAGGGGUAAGCAGAACGACCACGAACGAGCUGAGAAAACAGCACCCACGUUCACACCCCAGCGGCAUGCAGAAGAUAGACGCAACGGCGGACCAAGAGAGAGCUGUGUCCAAAAGGGAGAGACGGCGCACCACCUCAGCAGUCGCCUGCCAAGCCCUCCCCCUAUCGCCUUCAUCGUUCACCACCGCCCCUUCAACCGACGACUACGCCUGCUGCCCGGCUGCCCACGGCCGCGCGUGCGCCCCUCUCAUCCUACAAGCGCUCCGUUCCCGCAACCUCUGACGUCGUGA